AUGGUGGAAGAGCUGGCCAGCAUCGAGGAGAACGGAACGUGGGAGAUGACAUCGCUCCCGCCAGGAUACCGCGCAAUUGGACUCAAAUGGGUGUACAAGCUCAAGCGAGACGCCAACGGCGAGGUGGUGAAGCACAAGGCACGGCUGGUGGCGAAGGGGUACAUGCAGCGACUGUUGUGGAUGGUUGAGGAGCGGCGCACCUUCUUGUACAACCAGGUGGUGACCAGCUACCACAAGGCUAAGAUCGAGCGAGCCGGCUUGGCUCGCGAGCUGGAGGCUGUCAAGGUUGAGGCCGCCAAGGUCCCGCAGCUGGAGUCGGAUCUCCGAGCCGCUCGCGCGCAGUGCGCCGAGAGCGAGGAGGCGGGCCGAUCUGCCGCAGGCAAGCUCAAGCUGGCUGAGCAGGAGCUGACGCGGCUGCGCCUGCUGGAGCAGAACCAUCUCACCGAGCUCAACUCCCUCAGGACGGCGGAGAAGGCGAAGGUGGAUGAUCUGAGCCGGCGGCUGACGGAGGUGGAGAAGCAGCGGCUUGCGCUGCAGGAGGAGGUCACCGCCAAGUCCACAGAGCUGACGGCUACCGCCAAACGUUGGACCGACGAUUUUAGCGCGCUUGAUCGCGGCUUGGCGGGUGAGUACAUCUUUAUGUUCCUUUCCCUUUGCCGGCUUUCGGCUGUCGACUGCCGGCUUUUGUUGGCAGCCGACAGCAGAAACUUCUGAUUUCUUCGUUAUCCUCAUCUUUGGGCUGGGGACAGUCGGUUCUUGC